AGGAUCCGGUUUCUGUGCCAGCAUCCAUCAGCCAUCACAGGUGUUCCACUCCAGCUGAAUAACAAAGAGUCUUUGUUCGUUGAAAAACUCUGUGAAGAUUCUGCAAACAUGUCGAUGGGUUUGGAGAUUGUGGGCAUUGCCCUUGGAUUCCUUGGGCUCAUUCUUGCGAUGGUGACGUGUGCUCUCCCAAUGUGGAGGGUGACAGCCUUCAUCGGCGCCAACAUCGUCACUGCUCAGAACAUCUGGGAGGGCUUGUGGAUGAACUGCGUCACCCAGAGCACAGGUCAGAUGCAGUGCAAGGUCUAUGACUCCAUGCUAGCCUUGACUCAGGACCUCCAAGCCUCCAGGGCAAUGACGAUCAUCGCCAUUAUUCUCGGAGUCCUGGGCGUCAUGAUCUCCAUCAUUGGAGCCAAGUGCACCAACUGCAUCGAAGACGAGGCAGGCAAGGCCAAAGUGAUGAUCAUCUCUGGGAUUUUCUUUGUUCUCGCCGGCAUUUUGGUGCUGAUCCCGGUGUCUUGGUCUGCCCACGUAAUCAUCCGGGAAUUUUAUGACCCCUUGUUGGUCAAUGCUCAGAAAAGAGAGAUUGGGGCUUCGCUCUACAUUGGUUGGGGUUCAGCCACCCUGUGCCUGAUUGGAGGGGCCAUGCUAUGCAGCCGCUGUCCGCCCCAAGACAAGUACAAGGCACCUCGGAUGGCGUACAACGCCCCACGCAGCGUCAGUGCUGGAGGGUACGACAAAAAAGACUACGUCUGAACUGUCCUGACAUAUCUGGGAAACUGUUGUAGUUCUGCGUUGUGUGUAUGUGUUUUGCUGUCUAAAAAUCACAGGGUGAGCCCCUCUAAAGACUCCGACAUGAAGAUUUUGUGCAAAUGUUGAUCUUUCUCCCGUCCUUUUGGUCAAAUUGUUCAUUUACAUCCUCUUGGUUUAUUAUGAUUGAUUAGAAUAGGAGCCUGUUUUCCUGCUAACUAUUAUCUUUCUAGGUAAAAAUAUUAACUACUCUCUCUGUUGCUGUAAAACAGACAUUCACACCUGCUCCCUGCUUGUGUAGGACUUCACCGGCGGCGCGGUGUCGUGUUACACUGAAACUUGCUGUUAAAACAUUGUGUCAUGCCCCCAACAAUGACAAGGAAGAGCCGGCUCUCGUUUUACAUGGAUUUGUUUGCGUGAUUGUUCCUUGUGCGUGUCUGUGUGUGCUUUUUGCAUGUUAUAUUUGCUUAAGAGGGUUUCAGUCGAGACUGAAACUAAAGAUGGAUCACUGAUAUUCAUUUUAUCACUGUUUUUAGUUUCACUGUGUUUAAAAAAAAAUAUUUUCUAUUUUUUGUUAUUGAAUGCUCAGUAAAUUAAGAUUUAUUGAGCAUUCACUAGGGGGUAACAUUUCAACUUGAUGUGUAUUUUGAAUUUAGUCUUAUUUACGCUGGUCAAACAAAUAUUCAGUGGACUUUUUUUCUUGUAUCUUUAUGUUUCCUUACUGUUUUAUACAAUGUUGACUCAUUUACAAAUUUUGGCUCAGUUAUUGUUGUUGAACCUGUAGAAAGAAAGAAAUUAACAUUUUAUGACCUUUUUGAAUAUUUUAAUAAAAGUCUUUUUUUGCUUAAAA